AUGAAGUCUGCUGCGCUCUGUCUCCUGGCAGCGUCCAGCUCCCUGGCCGCUGUACUUCCAGGCCCGGUUCAGGUACCCCUUGGUGGCGGCCGCAAUCCCACCUCCCACUCUCACCAUGGUAGCCACAGCGCCGAGGAUGAUUCCCAUCAGUCGUUCCUCGACUCGUGGCUCGAGACUCUUCAGCCGGUCAAGGACAGCAUCACAUCCGUAAUUGACUCCGCCACCGAUGAACUGGCCUCUGCCACCAGCACUCUCAAUGGCUUCAAGGAUGACAUGCUCCGCAAGCUCCAGGAUGCCACCAACGAGGCCAAGCUUGAGUUCCCAGACCUGACCAUCUACCAGCUCAUCCAGUUGAGCAACCACACCAAGAAGUUCGUCAAGGCUCUUGACAAAUUCCCCGAUGUGGUCAAGAUACUUAACGGCACCGAGGCCAAUCACACGCUCUUCGUGCCAAUUGACGAAGCCUUUGAGCAUCUCCCCGACCAUGAACCUCCCAGCAACGAGUUCAUCGAGGCUGCCCUCAAGUAUCACAUUGGUGUAGGAAACUACGCUGUUCCCCGCCUGCUGAGCACCAACACUCUUCCUACUGCCUACAAUGAGAAGGGUCUUGGUGGCGAGCCACAAAGGCUUCGCACCCGCGUGUCUUUGGCUGGUGUUACCGUGAACUUCUACAGCAAGGUGGUUGCUGCCGAUAUUGCUGCGAAGAACGGUGUCAUUCACGCCGUGCGCCACAUCCUAGUCCCUCCUCCACCUCUGGGCCCCAUCCUGGCUCUUGACCCAAGCCGCUUCUCUACCCUGCUCCUGGCCUACCAAAAGACGGAUUUCGUCAAGUACGUCCAUGGUCUCAAGAUCAACGGCAGCACCCUCUUCGCCCCCGACAACGAGGCCUUCGCUGCCCUCGGUCCCCGCGCCAAUGCCUUCCUCUUCAACACCGAAAAGGGACUCAAGUAUCUCGAUGCGCUGCUGAAGUAUCAGAUCGCCCCCAACGCCACCCUUUAUACCGACGCCUUUUACGACAAGACCGGUAAAGAGGAGAAGACUGAGACCCGGGAGGAACAUUACGACCUCGCCACCCUCCUUCCCGGCGCUAACAUCGGCGUCGACAUCAAGACCAUCUUUGGGUUCAAGAUUUACCUCGUAAACGGCUUUACCAAGGCCAAGAUUGAAGACGUGGUCGGGAAGAAUGGUGUUAUCCAGGUGGUUAACAAGGUUCCUAUCCCCCCUCGCAACAAGCACGACACUGAAGAUGCCGGAGGUGAGAUUGAGCUUGAGGAUCUGAUGGAGCGUCUUGCUGGUUAUGUUGAGUGA